AUGUCGACCCGCUGCCCCAAAACCCUCCUCAGCCCCAAACAGAACCCAAACGAAACCGGAACGCCCAUAAGAAAAGUUCUCAUCUCCGCCUACGGAGACGAAUCCAACGUCUCCGUAAUCGACGCCAUCCUCCCGCAACCCUCCAAAAACGAAGUCCAAGUCAAGGUCCUCUACUCAGGCUUCAGCGGCUCCGACAUCAACAUGCGAAAAGGGCAAUACCCACUCCAAAGAUCCGCACCUCUAACACCAGGAUACUGUCUCGUGGGCCACGUUUCCGCGCUCCUAGAGUCCUCCAGCAGCAAUUCCAAGUUCAAAAUCGGUGAUGCGGUGACUUGUUUAUCCAUCUAUGAUGCGGAAGCAACAUACGUCAACCUCCCCGAAAAAUACCUCAUCCCCGUCCCGGGAAAUGUCCCCCUCAAAGCGGCGACGGCGUUGAUACUAGACUGGAAUACCGCCUACGGGAUGGUCCAUCGUGCCGCAAACAUUCAAACAGGUCAAAAGGUCUUCAUCCACGGCCUAUCCGGGGCAGUCGGUUGGGCGGUGGGCGUCCUUUGUUCGCUCCACGGUGCGCAGAUCUUUGGCACCGCAUCGUCCAAGAACCAUGCUGCCAUCACGACCGGACUCCCAGCUGCGACACCCUUCACGUACGAGAAUAAAGAUUGGAUCCAAGCGAUGAAAAACGCCGGAGGCGCAGACGCCGUCUUCGACCCCCUAGGUUUCGAGUCGUGGGAUGAAUCCUACGACAUCCUCUCCCCCACCGGGAUCUUGAUCGGCUACGGGGGGAACAUGAAUAACUUCUCGGAUGGGCAGACGCGCAGCCAGGUACCCAGUAUGACGAAGUUGUUUGCGAGGAAUUAUCUGAAGUUUUGGGAGGGCAGACGAGCGGUGUUCUAUUAUAUCUCACGGGAUGAUAAGUAUUUCGUUGAGGAUUUGGAGGCCUUGUUUGGGCUUUGUGGGAGUGGGAGGGUGGGCGUGACGAUUAAACAGGUCUUUGGGAUGCGGGAUACCGAGGAGAUUCGGAAGGCGCAUAGGUGUUGGGGGAAGGGGAGUGGGGUGGGGAGUUUGUUGUUGAGGGUUAGUUAG